UCCGCCCCGCGCACUGGGUGCACCAAGAUGGCGGCGCGCAUGGUGACCCGGUGUUCUGUCAGCUGUGCCCGGGCUCUGAGCUCCAGAACCCCUGCUCCCCAGAGCCGGCUGUAUGAGCACGGGAGGGAGGGCUACAGCCACCGGCCCCAGCUGGACAUGGAGACCCUGAGCCGGGACCUGGAGAGAGCCCAGCGGGAGAUAGAGGACAGGAAGGGCGGGGAGCGGGACCUGGGGGGGCUGGUCAGGACGUGGGAGCAGCUGCAGAAAAUCAGACAGGACAUUCAGAAACUGGAAGAUGAGAAGACCCAGAUGGCCAAAGAAGUGAAACAUCUAGUGCUGACGCACACCAAAGAAACCUUGGAAAAGCUCCCAGUGUAUGUAUCCCUAAGAAAGAGGGGUAAAGACAUCCGGCAGCAGCUUAAUAGCCUGUACCCAGAGGAGAGUGACCUAGACAGAUCCUUUUAUAUCCGAGCUUUGCGGCUGCCAAACCGGACACACCCAGACACGCCUGUUGGUGAUGAGAGCAAAGCUCGAGUAUUGGAUAUUGUUGGGGGGAAGCCUAAGUUUGAUUUUGAGCUGCAAAACCAUCUCCAGCUUGGGGAAGAUCUUGAUAUUAUUCGUCAGCGACGCCUCUCCCAUGUGUCAGGUCACCGCUCAUACUACCUCCGUGGAGCUGGCUCCCUGUUGCAGUACGCCCUUGUUAACUUCACAAUUAAUAAACUUAUGAAAAAGGGAUUUAUUCCGAUGUCGGUACCGGACAUGCUGAGAGGUGCCGUGUUUGAAGGUUGCGGCAUGCAGCCAGACGCUCAGAGUUCACAGGUUUAUAAUCUAGACCCCUCUCAAUUCCCUGAUUUAAACCUGGCUGGUACGUCUGAGGUUGGUAUUGCAGGUUACUUCAUGGAUCACUCACAGACGCUGUCAGACCUCCCCCUCCGGACAGUUUGCUGCAGCACGUGUUACAGAGCAGAGACUGACGCAGGACGGGAAACCUGGGGUCUUUACCGAGUUCAUCACUUCACUAAAGUUGAGAUGUUUGGCGUCACAGCAAACGAGAGCGGCACGGAGAGCCAAGAGCUGCACAAUGAAUUCUUACAGCUGCAGAAAGAGAUCUUCUCUGAUCUCGGUUUACAUUUCAAGGUUCUCGAUAUGCCAACGCAGGAGCUGGGGCGGCCUGCGUACAAGAAGUAUGACAUUGAGGCAUGGAUGCCGGCACGGGGGAGUUACGGCGAGAUUUCAAGUGCGUCAAACUGCACAGACUACCAGAGUCGGCGACUGAACAUCAUGUACCGCACCCCGACAGGAGAGCUGCGACACGCACAUACAGUUAAUGGCACGGCCUGCGCUGUACCACGUCUUCUCAUCGCCAUUCUAGAGUCUUACCAGUUAAAGGAUGGACAGGUUCGCGUCCCAGCUGUCUUGCAACCUUUCAUGGGGACAGAUAUUAUUGAAAGACCACCCUACACCCCUGCAGAAUACAUUGGACCAGACCAGCGAAAAUUCACGGGCAAGCCGCAGAAGAGUGUAGAUUGAAGCUGGAUUGGUGGGAUUUGUCAUGUGGCACAGACAUCAGAGACUAUGUGGACAUAGCUUGAUAAGACGGCCACAUGUGCAGUGACUUGUUGAAAUCUGGGCUAGGUGGGGCUUGUAACACAGGCACAUUAGGGUGUGGAUUCAUGUGAUCGUGGGUCAGUCUGUGGGAAAGAUACAAUCCCAGGUGGAUUGGUGGACCAAACGUGACAGGGUGUGGAUUGGUGAGAUACUGGUUGGAUGAGGCUGAAAGACUGAUACAGACUUGCAUUGCUAUUAUUGUGACUAUUGAGGAUGAGAUCUCCCUGCCAUCUAACUCAAUGGCCGACAAUGUAGUUUAAUACAACUUGUCAAUAAACCUUCCUGGCAGCCUAAAACAUUGCGACAUUGUCCUGGGUGCAGUUCAAUUUAGUUUAAAAGCCCAGGGGCGACUGUUCUCCCAAACAGGUGGCAGACACAUACCCUCAGGACGCCAAUUUCCACACAAUAAAAUAGCAGGCGCACCUGCUAGGGAUGGGUCACAGACAAUGGUGAGUAAACGCAGGAAAACUGGCUCCUACUGCACUUAACGCUGUGUGCCAGGGACGCUGCAUGUUAACCUGUUAGUGACUGGAGAGCUGAGCUCUAACAUGUUAUUUAUAAACAACCCACACUCUGAGCAGAGGUGUUAUGUUGAUACAUUGCACAGAAUGCCCACCUGGUACGGACGAUCUCAGGACAGACGGACAUUACCAGCUGCCUGCGAGCAGGCGGGAUAUUGGAAAAACCUGGGCAGUUUGUGCUUUAUAAAGACUGGUCUGGCACCGCUCAUUUAAACAAGCUGAUGUGUUCUUCUUCUGAUUAUUAUAAAAACCAGCACAGACAUAGUGUUCGAUCUUCUCUAACAUUUAUCUUGCAUUUAUCGUGGCUUAGGUUUUUGUAUUCUCUGUGUUUUGGUUAAUGCAUUUUAUCAGCUAAUCCCUGUAAAACGGCCAGAUUCUGGGAUCAAACCGAGAGCAAGCUCGCCGUUAUUCAUAUUGUGUGGGAUGAGAGCAGAGCUCUGAUUUUUAUGCUCCCUCCACCCGAAAUGUGGCCAAGAGCUCUUCCUGUGCGCUCUGCCUUUUUACAGAAAUCCGGCGGAUGGUGGGAUCACGGCUGGAAGGGGCAGUUAUAUCAAUAUAAAUAUUCCGUGGAACGUGAGAUCAGUGCUU